AAUCAUCUUCACUGGAGACAGUGUGAGUCUUCCUCUGGACAGAGAAUCAUCUUCCUCUGACAGAAUCAUCUUCCUCUGGACAGAGAAUCAUCUUCCUCUGACAGAAUCAUCUCUCACUUCUUCACCUGAGUGACAUCUUCAGACAUGGACACAUUGAUCCUCCUGCUUCUUCUGGGAGCACACGGCGCGACGGCAGUGACUCACUCUCUGAAGUUUUUCUACACUGGAUCCUCUCAAGUCCCAAACUUCCCUGAGUUUGUGGCUGUUGGUUUGGUGGAUGAAGUUCAGAUGUUCCACUACGACAGCAACACAAUGAAAGCAGAACCCAGACAGGACUGGAUGUCAGAGGCAACAGCAGCAGAUGCACAGUACUGGGAGAGUCAGACUAGAGGCCUUUUGGGUCACCAGCAGUGGUUCAAAAACAACAUUGGAAUCCUAAAGCAGCGCUUCAACCAAACUGGAGGUGUCCACAUCUUCCAGAACAUGUACGGCUGUGAAUGGGACAAUGAGACUGGAGAAGUUAAAGGUUAUCAACAGUAUGGUUAUGAUGGAGAAGACUUCAUAGCAUUGGACCUGAAGACAGAGACGUGGAUCGCUCCAGUACAACGGGCUGUCAUCACCAAAAACAAGUGGAAUGCUGAUAAAGCUCGACUCACAUAUGAUAAGAACUUCUUAACUCAUUUGUGUCCUAAGUGGCUGAAGAAGUUCGUGAACUUUGGGGCGAGAUCUCUGCAGAGAACAGAGCUUCCCUCGGUGUCCCUCCUCCAGAAGUCUCCCUCGUCUCCAGUGUCCUGCCACGCCACAGGUUUCUACCCCAACAGUGCCAUGUUGCUCUGGAGGAAAGAUGGAGAGGACCUUCACGAGGACGUGGACCAUGGAGAGGUCCUGCCCAACCAUGACGGGACCUUCCAGAUGAGCACUGACCUGAAGGUGUCAUCGGUCGCUCCUGGGGACUGGGGGAAGUACCAAUGUGUGUUCCAGCUCUCUGGUGUGACGGAGGAUAUCGUCAAAGUACUGGACAAAGACGUGAUCCGGACCAACAGAGAGAAGCCCACUGACAUGACCACCAUCAUCAUCGUCAUCGUCGCAGUGGCCGUUCUUGCUCUCGCCAUCGCUGCCAUUGGAGUCUUCAUGUACAGAAGGAGCAACGCCAAACGCCCUCCAUCUCCUGUAAACAACGCAGGGGUCAUGGAGCAGCUGAAUCCAGAAGAAAAUGAAUGAUGAACCAACGUCCCUGAACGCUGUUUAUGGAAACGAUUUGCACUGGAACAAGGAUUCAUCAUUCUCAUCGUGAAUUCUCAGGGUCGAGUAUCAGGCAGCAGAUGUUCAUUGAUUGAAAUACAAAGAACACAAUUUAAGGAAGAAGAAAAACAAAUUUGGACAAAUAAUUUUGAUCGUUUAGUUAAAAAUAAGAAAUGUGGAAUUGCCUCAGAUUAAAUGUUUCCUUAAAUGUCGGUCAAUCAAAUGAGGAUGAUUGUUUUUUCUUGACCCCGAGAGAAAUAAAACACAAAGUUAAAAACAAUGAAAACAUCACAACACUGUUCACACAAGUAAUUUAAAGAUCUGUGGGAUAAUUUUAAACAAAAAUCCAAAAUCGUUUAAUUUUCCUGGUGUUGGGGCAUCCUCGUACAAUCAUUCUAAAUAAUAAACAUAAAUACCUAGACACCCAUAUUCUUUACAUACAUUUUCCAUAUUUAUACUCCUGGGUAGAGUUUUCUACAUGAUUUGUUCUGAGAAAGCCUUUUCUUUGGUUCUCGUUGUAUAAAAUCAAAGCAAAUCCUGUGGCUGUAAAUGUUUUCUCUCUGCGUUAUGACUGGUGAUGAUCUGUAAACCUCCUCUUGUCCAGUGAUGGACUCCAGUCCCCUGAGUCUCUGAGCAGAGCAGCAGGGGGAUGGAGUUUUGCAUCACUCUGGUGACUCAUUGUGAUAAUUGGACACCAUCUACCAUCUCUAUUAAUAUAGUUUCCAGAAAACAAAUAAUGCAAUGAUAGGUUGUAUCAAUACAUUCCCCACCCCUAGACACAGACAUGCACAACACAAACACAUACAACACACUUAUUUUCCAGAUGUGUAAAUAUUCUGUUUAUAUAUUUCUUUAAAACUGUUUAACGUUAAAAGUGUUUUUUUGAUUCAGAUAUUGUUUUUUUGGCUCAUAAUAUCCAUGUUUUGGUUUGUUCUUAAAUAUUAUACUUUAAUUUUUGCUGUGAAGGGUUGAGGGGUAGUUUAAGAUUCUCAGCACACUGAUGUAAAUGUUCGGAAAGUAUUUUGUUCUCGUGUUCCGGACAUGGAGCUUUUCUGUCUUGUCUUUGUAAACAUCUACACUGCAAAAAUGAAAAGUUUAAUUAUAAAGCAGAUUUGUGAAUUCUGAGGCCAACUCAAUCUGCAACAUUUGAAAGAAACUCACCUACAGUUGUGCUGACUAAUGAUCUUUUUUUCUGAUCAUUUAUCAUUCAUAAGUAUAAAAACUUAUCGCACAUCAUUCACACACUGUCGGCACAGUCGCCAGGGGCAACGUAGGGUUCAGUGUCUUGCCCGAGGACAUUGUCCUGCGGACAGGAGCAGCCAGGGAUUGAACCACCGACCUUUGUGUUAAUGGACGAUCCUCUUAAUCCUCCCAACCACUGCCGCCCCAAAUGUGCAAUGACCACAGAGCCAGAAUUCUCAUGUUAUAUUCCAUCAAAACACAUUCAGAACGUCACAUUUCUGUUGAAGAGAGAUGAGAGGCGGCUUAGCUUGUAGCAGCCCCUGCAGAAAUGAUCAGUAGACCCCGUUCUUACCCUGCCUGGUCUCCACUCUGGUCAAAACGUAAACGUUUGUUUUUUGCCACCAUAAAUUAAAUAUUGAAGGCAACUUU